AUGGCAGAUCACCUCUUCGGUCCAGAGAGGACCCCACCAAAGCCCUUAUUGAUUGAAUACUACGGACCACUCUACGAUGAAAAGAAAUGGUGCGAGUUUCCAGCUCGAUAUGGGUGGGAGAACCCUUCGACUGCGGAUCAACCAGGCCCAUCGUCUAUCCCAUCGGCAUAUUUCUCAGGCAUAGAAUGCUGGCUAUACUUUGGCAUGUUGCACCACAUCUUCGGGCGUGAGCUCAAUCAAUCCGAUUUUCUCCGCGAUGGUGAAGAGGACCGAAAAUACAUAACAACUCAACAUCUGCAUAAAUACGUCGAUAACAGCAAGGACUGGAAAAAGAAAAGACUGGGCGAGCGUACAGUCGAGAUUGUCAAUCUGGUCGCGGAACAGAUCCGCAAUGAACGAAUUGCUAGCUGUGUGAGAGCCGAAAUGGGAUUUCUCAUUCGAAUUCUUUGCACGUCUCUCUGGAACAUUGCGAUCAAAAGAGAUGGGCCUCAGACUGAAAACAUGCACAUACGUAGCUGCAAAGUUGCUGGAAAAUGGGAAUAUCGACGAAUGGUAGCAGAAGGUUGGUGUCCACUUGAAGUGGAAAAGGCUCGCAUGCUUGGAAAUGUACUCUCCCAGGCAUAUCUGCUGCAACUUCCUCGACCUGGCGCUUCUUCAGAGACGCAUAAACUCUGCGCUAAGACAGAGUGCGUGGCGAACAAUAUCAACGAAGACGAAUACUUGACCCGCCAUACACAGGAUGACUGUGAUUGCUCACACAUGUUUGCGGACGUGGAUAAGUUGCAUACUAUUUUGGAGGAAGGUGGUGUACCUCUUGUUGCUAUCACACCAUCAGCCGAGGAUGGAAGUCUCACGAUUGAUGUUGUGAAGAAACGGACUGGCAAGCGCUACGUGUCGAUCUCACACGUAUGGUCAGAUGGAUUGGGAAAUACGAAAGGAAACUCCCUUCCAUCGUGUCAGUUGCAGAUUCUUUUCGAGAAGGCCAGCUUGUUGCUUAAUGAUAAAGAAUACGUUCCUCGAUAUGAAGGUGUAUACGGGCCGCUUCACACAGGGACAGCACGUCUUGCCCACUUCGCUGGAAACUCAGCCAUAUUCAACAAAAAAGACACAGUUUAUCUUUGGAUUGAUACUCUAUGCAUUCCACACCGCCGCGACGUGCGAAAGCUUGCUAUUCAACGCAUUCGAGAGGUAUACCUGAAUGCUUAUCGGACCAUGAUUCUGGACUCGGAGAUGCGACAAAUUGUAUCCAAAGACACAACGAGCGUCGAGUUACUACAAAGGGUGCAGAUCUGUUCUGGCUGGAUGCGCCGUGCAUGGACACUCCAGGAGGGCCUAGCAGCAAAAAGCAGACUAUACGUUCUUUUCAAAGACGGUCCGAUCAACAUUUCCACAAUCGCUGAGGAAACGUUAACGAAAUUGGAAAGAGGCAAAAUUGCACUCCUUCAACGAGAACUGGUAGAAUACAUCAUCGGCACCUGGUUCACAUAUUUCCAACAUUCUAUUACUUAUGCAUCCAAGUUUGAAAAAUUGGUCGACUUUAUGGUCAAACCUGUCAAUAUCAAUGGAUCUCUUGAUCCGAUCAGUCCCAGUCAGAUAGUUGCAUGGAAUUGGUUCAAUCUCGCGAUGCGAGCAGCCACCAGGGCUGAAGAUCGACCGGUUAUCUUGACGGGAAUUUUGAAUCUAGAUCUAAAGAAAGUUCUAGAUGAGAAGGGCUCUGACAAUCGCAUGCGGAAAUUCUAUACACUGCUAGAUGAAUUUCCACAAGAUGUCAUCUUCCAAGAUGGACCUCGUUUUGACGAAGCUGGUUUACGGUGGGCCAUGAAAAGCUGUCAAUAUACUGAUACAAUUCGUUAUCUUGGGUCCGAGUCUGGGAGUCUCAAGCCAGCGGGACUCAAGGUGACUCUUUUCCCAUCGUGGAUAUUUCUGUCCGAUGAUGUGUUCAACCUCAACAAAAGUGAGACCUCUCUGGAUGAAUGGACCAAGGGCUUUGAGGAUACUCCUGAGCAGCUGACUAUACUCUUGACAACCCAAUCGCCAGUCAUGCUGGAGCCCAACACGGAGUACGCGAUCAUUGUAGAUGCGCAAAAGGAAAAGAACAAAACUCCGCCAAGGGUUUAUGAACGCCACUUCAGUAAGAUCGCUUCGGCACUUGUGAAGAAACAGGGAAACAAAUCGCCUUAUGCUGGAUUGUAUGAGAGCCUUGCACAUAUUCAAAGCCUAUCGGACUAUGAGAAGCUACCAAAUGACGGAUACCUGGUGAGGGUUAUUAGAACAGAGAUACAAGAGCGUCCAUGGAUCAUUGGAUAG